AUGCAAGAAUUGGAGGUUCUCUGCGGUUUUGGCAUUCUAGUGACGUUCCGUUCGCUCAUCUGGAGCCCUAUGAAAGUCGCCAAAGAAUGCAGCCUGUGGACCAAGGUGCAGCCGCCCCCACCAGAGCAAGGGAAAGGCACACCACUGGGUGACUGUCCCCGCAUCGAGCACAACAUCAACCGUGAGCGUUCAGAGAGUCUCAAGGCCUUGCAUCGACUGCUCUUUGGCCGUCCAGGAGCGCCAUCAGAGAUCAAGAAGAAUUUGCUCAUGUUCUGUGGGUUUCCCUUUGAGAAGGACUCUGCAGAGCAUGUGAAGAGACAAAAGAUGGUUGCAAAGCUCAAAAAGACUGCCCACAAGGACUUGCUGGGUAUGCUUGAUUUGGAGAAGAGUGGCACGGUCGAGGAGUGCACGGAUCGCAUUCUCAACUUCCUCCUCAAGCCCUUUGAUAACAAGAAGCCCCUGCCAGCCACCAAGAAGGGAAAGAGAAAGUCUAUAACACCCACUUCCGCUGGCAAGGGCCAGACCAAGAAAGGAAAGAUGGCAACUCCCAAGGCAGAGAAGGGGAAGGCAUCUCGAAAGCGGCCUGCAAAGAAGACCAGUACUCCUGCCAAGCGGAGGAAAGUAGCAAGGAAAGAGGAGUCCGAUGAGUCUGACGAGAAAGAGGCGCCUUCCCCGAGUUACCGACAAUCCACGCAGGGCCACAGCGAGAGGUGA